CCUAGUGGUUUAGUUGCAGAUUGCAACUCCCUCUGAACAACCCUAUCUAGGGCCAGUUUGUCUAUUCUGGGCUACUGUAGAAACAUGGUGGUUUAACUGUCAUCAGAAAACUCAGCUAUUGUUUCCCCAAACCUAAUUCUUGACUAAUUUGUUUUCUCAUAAAAUUCAGAGCCACACUAUUUUCUAAGCUGUUGUCAUAUUUCAGCAUGCAGUUUUACAUGUAGUAUGCAAGAUUAGCUGCAGACUCAUUAUAUAACCUCCUCCAAAGCCUGGAGAUUAUUAUAGAUUGCAUUUAAUGACAUAUCAAUUUAUUUACUGAGUCAUUUAUUUAUUUAUAUUUUUUAGGCAGUUUUGGUCCUCCAUAUAUUAUACUGCAUGUAAAAAUAAAUCAAAUAAAAACAAAAUUAAUCAAAUAUUUCAAUAAAAUAAGCAAAAAACCUUCUUAAAAAAGAGAAGUCUUGAGAUUCUUCCUCCACAGUCUAUAAUAAGAAAAUGCAGCCAGACUUAUUUGUCUUAAUUGUUGGUUCAUUUAAUGCUGUUGUGUUCAAUGACCUGAGGCAGUGGCUGAAAGGGAUUAUUCAAAUAAUAAUAAUAAUAAUACAUUUUAUUUAUAUUCACAGCCUUUUAAUCUAGUGAUACAUUUUAAAAUCGCUUCUAAAAGAGACAGUGAUGAUGUCAAAAUGGGUGCAAUGUGAUAUAAUUGAUUACGUUUGUGUGUCUGUAUAUUUCACCAGAACCUUGAAAGUCAUUGAAAAGUCCUCCCAUUUACUACUGUGUCACAUUUGUGUUACAGUUUGGGUCUGUGUUGUUGUUUAUUAAUAUAGACGUUAAAUGAGUCUGUUUUUAGCUCUCUAAUGAGGGCUGUGAUUACAGAGUGGACUGAUAAUUACUGCCUGCACCUUCUCAGGACAAUCAUGAUGUCACCAGACGACCGAGCCCUGGAGGACCUGUUGUACUGCAGUGACCUUGGUGACGAGGCGGAGGAGGUGGAGCUGGGCAGCGGCCCGGCAGGGCUGGAGGAAAGUGUUGCUGCAGACAAUACGCCGACAGCCAUGUCCGUCCAGGAGCCAAUGAUGUGUGCCGGCUGUGGGGAGCAGGUGUGCGACCGCUUCUUCCUAUUGGCUGCAGGCAGGGUGUGGCACAGCGUCUGCCUCCGCUGCAGCCAAUGUCAGUGCGAGCUGCAGACACACCCCUCACUGUACUGGAGAGACGGAAACAUCUACUGCCAACAAGACUACUGCAGGAUGUUUGGAGGAGGUCAGUGCGCCCGCUGCUUCCAGCCAAUCCCAGCUUCUGCUUUGGUCAUGAGGUCUGGUGAGCUGACCUUCCAUCCUCACUGCUUCUCCUGCCAGGAGUGUGAUGUGAAAUUAAUACCAGGGAACCUAUACUGCAUGCAGGGCCAGAACCUCUACUGUCAGUCCCAUUACCAUGGCAACGGGAGUGUCCCGCUAUCACACGAUGUCCCACCCGAAGCAAAUCUGAAAGAAACUCAAAACCAGGUCUCAGGUGAAGGGGAGGAGUCUGUCAGCAGUCCUGAGCCACGAUUAGACAACAGAAGGACGGUUGGGCGGACUCGCAGGCGGACAAAGAGAAUCAGGACAUGCUUCCGCAGCGAGCAGCUCAGAGCGCUGGAGUCGUAUUUCGCCCAGAAGCACAACCCUGACGGCAAAGACUGGACCUGCCUCGCUCACAAGACCGGCCUCCCCAAGAGAGUCCUGCAGGUGUGGUUUCAAAAUGCUCGGGCCAAACUGAGACGUUCGAUUACCACAGACGAAUCUCAAGCCAACUCGCCCUCUGCUCCCCCGAGAGGCAUAACCGUGGCGACUGGCUCCCCGUCCUCGGCCUGCUCCCCGCCCGACCAAUCACAGCCCUUCCCCACCAGCACCAUCGACCAGCUGCAGCUCUCCCUGCUCACCGCCCCGCUCAGCGACCCACCGGUGAGUCCGGCCCUCAGCCAGUCACAUCAGCUGCAACACCCCGCCUUCUUCCUGGACUACGAUUCCCAGAGUGCACCAGGGUGUACCUCCUCUCUGGAGGCCUACGAGGACUUUGGAGAGGCAGGAGGAGGCGCAGAGGGAGAAGUUGACGCUGAUAGUUCUUUUAGACCACACUACUGUUAGUCGAGGGGUCUGCUUCUACAAUGUGAGCAACUUUUAAAAUGAGAGAAUAGUUAAGAUUAUGAUCCUUAAGAUUUCAGCUUUAAAUUUGAAGCAACAGUAGCAGAAAAUGUUAACAUCAGCAGUAAAUGAAUCCAAUCUGAUAUGUGUGUAGGACAGAGAACAGUAAACAGUGAGGCUGAUGUCAGUGAGCUCAAAUUACAAACAGUAACUCUGGAUCACAUGCUGCAUAGUUUCCUGUGACUCCUCUUGUGUGUUUAGAAGGCAAUGUGGCGGACUCCACCACUGACAAUUAAAACUAUUACAUAGAGAGGUAAUUACACAAUAUAAAUCAUAAAAAAAUCUGACUAUAAAUAGUUUUUUUAUUUAAAAUCUUAAGGAUUAUAACUUUAACAAAUGUUAUAACUCUGUUGUUGUGUGAUUCAAAUUUAACUAUGAAUCAAACUAAGCACUACAACCAGUACCUGACUGGUCAUGUCACUGUAUAAUAGACUUCUUUUGGGACUGUUAGACAAACUGAAAUUGAAACUGACUGAAAGAUAUUUUCACAAUAUGGCAAAUUAAUGCAAAAUUACAAAGAAAAUAACUGAUGUACACUGUGUUAUGCGGCAUAAUCACACCUCAAUGUUGUAUUUUAACCAGUGAAAUGUAUCGAAGGAUGAUUAACGUUAAAAGGUUGUGAUGAUAUUGCAAAUGUAGAAUUAUUGCUCAGGUUAUAAAAUGUCACUUUGGACUCUGAAAACAUACAAUAAACACAUUAUUUUAAACGUAUUGAUAGAUUAUUCAAUAAUAAAACAAAUUAUUUGUCUGUUUGGUCCUGACUCUACAUCACGUUACUUCAUGAGCCUUGUAUUCAGCCACUUUAACUGUAAUUACUCUUCCCAAGUCCCGCCCCUUUUUGAACAUCCAUCAACUUUCUCCUUUCCUGUACUUAGAUAUGCUAUGUGCUAGCUAACUAGCUAACUAAUCUACAUCAAUUGUUAGCAAAUUAGCUUGCGUUUUGCAUUAAGAUUAGCUAUGAUGUAACGAGCUAGGUAAUGAUUAAUGUAGAAGAUGUAGAUCAGUUAUUUAGUUAGCAAGCAUUUUAUUCUGUAGGUAAUCCCUGGCUAACUAGCCAUCAUUUGCUGAUGAAGUCUGUGAGAUGAGAGAGUGAAAGCUCAGGAAAAGUCUAGCAUAUGGACCUUUUCUUUAAGAAACUUUCCAAAUGUUAAGAACAACAAACACAUACUGAAACAGUCGGACAUCCAUUGAAAUCAGAUGAUUCCUGUAUGACUGGAGCUUUCUGUGUGACACU